GGGUGCUACUGUUCUAUACUCAUUACCCCGAGUCCUGGUACCUGUGCCAAACGUGGGUGAAAUUUCCGGCCUAACCUGGGCAGUCUAUAAAGGUUUCAACUGUGAGUGAGUGUUUAUAGGUAUCACCAACAGGUGCUAUCAGAUUCCCUUUGUGUGUGUGUGUGUGUGUGUGUGUGUGUGUGUGUGUGUGUACUCCAGGGGCCAUGCCCUUGCUUCCGGUUCCGGGCUCUGGUUGGGCUCUGGGAGGGAGAGGGAGAUGUUUCGGGUUACAGUUCUGCAUCAGAGUCACACAAGUGCUGCUGCUGGAACCAUGGCUGGAGGUACCUUGAGAAACCCCGGGGAUGUGAGUGUGACGCGGGAUGGGGAUGUGAGUGUGAGACGUAUGCUGGUCCCCUGGGUAGGGUUGUUUGUGGAGAGAGGAGCAUGGGCUGUGGCUGCAGUUCUCAAACAGCUACACUGGGCUGGGAAGCUGCCAGGGAGGGGAGUGCAGAGGCCACAAGUGUCUUGUGGUCCCUUGGCCCUCAAGUCUUUUAUGUCCUCUUUCCCAGUGCCUACAGUCUCCUUCAAUGAACUCCGUUUACUCCUAGCCUCAGGCAGGGCCAGGCUCUUCGAUGUUCGAUCUCGGGAGGAGGCAGCAGCUGGUACCAUUCCUGGGGCACUCAACAUCCCUGUGUCAGAGUUGGAAAUCGCCUUGAAUAUGGACCCAGCUGCUUUUCAGACUUUGUACUGUGCUGAGAAGCCCAAACUAGAAGACAGGAAUCUUAUUUUCUUCUGUCAGAUGGGCAGGCGAGGUCUCCAGGCCACACAACUGGCACAAAGUCUUGGAUACACAGGGGCUCAAAACUAUGCUGGGGCCUAUAAAGAAUGGCUGGAGAAACAGGGCUAGAUAGAAGGCUUACUGGUUUGUGACGGUUCUCAGGGCCACUUUGCUGGGCUAGGCAAAUCCUUGUGGUACUUUACACAUGAAAAACUCAAAUAAAAAGCACAUUUAAUGAA